GUCAAUUGCUCAUGCAGCGAGACAGUGAUCUUCGUGAAAAUAACUUACUACGCAGAGUUUUCCGUGUCCUUUUGAUCGAUUUUUAAGAUAAACAGCGAAAUUUGCAUACACGCAUUCUACCCCAACCCCAGUUCACGUGCCGGAAAAAGUGACUCCCGGUAGACGCAACUGUGGUACAGUAUUGAUUUAUGCGCUUGGCUCGCCUGCCGCCUUUAGAAGUAUCGUUGAUAGUAACAGCCCGUGGAUGCGCUUGCACGAGGAAAAUCAAGGCCGGAAGCUAAGCACUAGCGAGUGGUACGACAAUAUGAUGAGCGAUGACGACCGGGACAUCGACAUAGAGAGCGACGAUGGCGAUGAUUCCGACAACACCAAGUCUCAGUCGCGCAUCGGUGGUGGUCAUUUCUACUCGCAGGCAGAAAAACGGGCCCAUCACAAUGCCCUCGAAAGGAAGCGACGCGAUCACAUCAAGGACAGUUUCACUUCGCUCCGGGACUCGGUGCCAUCGCUGCAGGGCGAAAAGGCUAGUCGAGCGCAAAUACUGAAAAAAGCAGCCGAGUACAUUCAGUUUAUGCGGCGGAAGAACAAUUCGCAUCAGCAAGAUAUCGACGAUCUGCGCCGGCAGAACAAUCAGCUCGAAACCCAAAUUCGCCAUCUCGAACAGGCUCGUGCAACGGGCAACUUUGUCGAUGGUGCUGAUCUCGGCCUCAGUCUCAAUGAUAGCUCCCGCGAAUCCGACAGUUCCGACGUCGAUGAAGUCGUGAACAAUAACAAUAACGGGCUCGGAGCACGACGGAACAAAAAGAUGAAAACGAACUCCAGCUAUUGAAGUACUUUGUCAUCCAUUUUUAAAUGUAACUAUUAGUUUUAGUGCCUAAAUUUGUUCUUAUUUUUCUUU